UCUCGAGACGGCAUCAAACAUGUGUUUGUGUACCUUUCUCUCUAGUACAAAUUCUACGUAACCGCAUUCCAGUUUAUUAUUAAAAAAAAUACAUCAAUUGUCUCCAUAUUGUAUAGUGUAUUAAUAUUCUAAUAGUAUUAUAAAAAUUAAAUAAUGUACGAUUAAACAUAAUCCUGAUCAAAGGCCACAUUUAUCAAAAAUCGUUACAAGAAUGGUGUAGUGACCGCUUAGAGACGUUAAUUACAAUGCAUGAUUAUAUUUUCGUGUGUCUUCGGAUUUACUUAAAAUAAUCCAGGAAAUAAGACAUCCGUUCAGUUAAACCGAGAUAACUUCAACGAGGACACUGAAAGAACUACAUUACACAAAGCCGAGAAAUAUUUAGAUCUGAAUACAUGAGUAAACAGAGUGCAGUGUUUAUAGCAUAGAUAAGCGACAGAAUAUUCUUUGCCAAAUUUAUGCAUACGUAUCUAAAUUGAUUGGAAAUUUUGAGUAAUUGUCUCCUUGAAGAUUUUCAUGAAUUAUUUGAGUAUGCUACGCAUUUAUUCAUAUAUAAUAUUACAUGAUAUGUCACAAUGUCCUUGAAUCAUAACAAAAGUAAUGAUAACGACAAAAAUAUAGAGACACAAGUGAUUGCUGGAAAAUUAUAAUAAUAAAAUAAAUUUUUCGGAUCUAACCUAAAAGUUUAAUCGUGCGUUCAUUGAAUUUACACGCAAGGAUACUUUAAAAAUUAUCAAGAUGUAAAAUUUGAACAUUAGCUGCCAAAAAAUCCUGGCUGGCAAAGUAAAUUUCAUGUGAAUUAACAACGUGAACACAUAAAGAAAAUAAGCAUGAAGCUCGUUCCAGCAAUUUAUCUUGGAUCUACGGCUAUUGAUCGUCGAUUCAGCAGUCCUAUGCUACCAUGGAUCACGAAAGAGAUCAAAAGAAGGAGCAGUCAUCAACGAGUAAAUUUACUAGUGGCUUCUGGAUAUAUUUCUGCAUAUUUAAAUGAUAAGGAGCAGCCAUUAUUUAGACAUUCACUUACCGGACCGUCCAAGCCUCAGCCACUUUCAGCGAAUACUUCGGAUUCCAAGGGUGGAAAUUUCUUAUAUCUUAUCAAAGGAGAUGAUGGACUUUAUUAUUAUCAUUUAUUCAAAGUUGAAAAUGCAGAAGUCGUUCAAGAACUUUUUAACGCCAUGAAGGAACAGUCAUCAUUAGCAAAAAUUAAUCGAGAUCGUGAUCUUCAACGGUCUAAUAGCAGUACAGCAGCCUUGAGCAUAGGUGCUGAUAUCUCUCCAAGUUCUUCGCACUUUUUUGAAGUGCUGUAUAUCGCAAAAAUUCAAUUAGCUCAUCAAAAAGUACCGGAGUCAUUUAUUGACGAUGCUAUGGUUAAACUCAAGGCUCAUGGCUUGGAAAAAUCCAAGUCCACUGCCAGCAAUUUACUUGCUGACUGUCAAAAAUUAAAAAACCGUCAAGCUAACAUUGGAACUCCUACAGACAAUAGAAGGGAUAGUGGGGAUUCAGUAACGAGUGAUUUAGGAAGUACAGAUAAUGUUUCAUCGGGAUCGAGUGUAAUAUCUCCAUCAUCACCGCUAGGAAUAGCGUCAGUUUUAACUGGAUCAGUAGAGUCGCUUCCAGUACCGAGUAAAGAAAAAGACUCACAAGAAACUUCAAAAAAAGGCAAUAAUUCUACAAUACCAGUACCAGAAAUGAUGAGAAGUAGAGCGGCUUCCACAGGCAGUGUUUUAGGCCCGAGGAGAGAGCCAUCGACAAAAGGAAAUGAAGAUCAUAAUCGUACUAUGCUAUUUCAGGUUGGACGCUAUGAUCUAAGACUUAUUAGUCCUGAUAAAAAACAAGUUUUAUUCCAUAAACAGUUAAAAGAUAUUGCUAGUUGUGUUCAAGGAUUAAAAAAUCCGGAACAUUUUGGAUUUAUAUGCAGAGAAGUUGCUGCUGAAGGUUUUGCUGGAUAUAUUUUUAAAUGCCAGUCAGCUUCAGUGGCAGAUGAUUUAGUAGGAGCUAUAACGCAGGCGUUUAUAGCAACAUGUCAUGGGAACAAUCCAAAGAAAGAAAGACAUCCAGUAUUUUCCUGUGAACAUUGCCCUAUGGUGUGGUAUAACAAACUUUGCCAAGAAAUUGAAGGACAAAAUGAUAGAAAAGUUCAAAGUAUAAUAUUUUCCCGGAUGGAAAUGUUACCGGAAGAUGAGCAAGAAAUAGUCGUAACCAAAUAUAAAGGAGCUGAAGCCGCAGGCGGUUCGGGUCGUGAGUUCAGUCUACGAGAACAAAAUAAAUUUUUAAUGUUAUUACUACGAGCUCACUGUGAAUCUAAGCAGACAAGACACGUUCAUGAUACUGCAGAGAAUAGAAGUGAAUUUUUAAAUCAGUACUUGAGUGUAGGAGUUGGUAGCACAAUAUUUAUGAAGGCAAAAAGAUCUUUGACAAACAGUUUUGACCAUUUAAUGAAACGAAAAGGAUCUAAAGAUGAUUUCGGACUUGGAUCUCAUCUUGUAAGAGAAGCUUCUGUGCCUAAAAGUGAUCGUCAAAGUCCAGUUAAUUCAAAUCCCUCCGUUGGAGAUAUUAAUUCUGAGUCCAAUAGGCCAAAAUCAUUACGUGUAUCUCCAGAGCAGCAGUUAAUUGUUAAUACUGGUCCAAAGAGCCCGAUGAUGGACAUAUUCUUAAAAGUGGGCAACUCGCCAAAAAUGUCGCCUACAGAAUCGGAGGAAAGCAACCGAAUCCAAUCGAAUAAUUCUUCUUGGCGUCAAGCCAUUUUGAACAGAGUAGUAACCCCAGGAAAAGACCAAGACGUUAGAGAUGGUGAUAAAACAGGAAGUAGCAUCAAUUCUAAUCAAGGAUCAAUGCCCAAGAGAUCAAAGGAAGAAUUGCGGGAAUUAUGGAAGAAAGCAAUAAACCAACAAGUCUUGCUUAUUCGAAUGGAAAAAGAAAACACAAGGCUACGAGUUAGUCAAGAAGAAGCAACGAUGAAGAGAAUAAAGCUUGAGUAUGACGAGUUAAGCAGUUGUGCUCGAGAACUCGUUGAUGUCUGGGACCUAUUAGUGAGCAAGCAGUCGAGAAUAUCGACUAAAUGUGACAGCAAAAUGCUUUUACAAGCAAUAAAACAAGGAGUUCCAAGAGGAAAAAGAGGCGAAGUCUGGCAAUUUUUAGCUGAACAAUUUUGUUUGAAGCAACCACCAAUCGAUACACAUGAAUUUCCUAAUUAUAAUACUCCUUACGAUCUCCUACUAAAGCAAUUGACUUCUCAACAACAUGCAAUUUUAAUAGAUUUAGGAAGAACAUUUCCUAAUCAUCCUUACUUUAGUUCUGCUCUGGGCCCAGGUCAAUUAGCUUUAUUUAAUCUUCUCAAAGCCUACUCUCUUCUGGACCAUGAAGUAGGUUACUGCCAAGGGCUAAGUUUCGUUGCGGGAGUUUUACUUCUUCAUAUGUCUGAAGAUCAAGCCUUCUUUCUUCUUCGCCAUCUCAUGUUCAGAAGAGGUCUUAGAAAACUGUAUCUACCAGAUAUGGCAGCUCUUCAACUUCAUCUUUAUCAACUUUCUCGAUUACUUCAUGAUCGAUUACCAUCAAUAUACAAUCAUUUUGAUAAACAUGAAGUAUCUCCAACACUAUACGCAGCCCCUUGGCUAUUAACUCUCUUCGCCAGUCAAUUUCCUCUAGGGUUUGUUACAAGAGUUUUUGACCUUCUCUUCUUGGAAAGUUCCGAAGUUAUCUUCCGGGUAGCGUUGGCUUUACUUGAAGAACAUCAAGAGCAAUUACUUCUAUGUGACAGUUUUGAAGAGAUAAUGGACUACUUGAAGGUUAAAGUGCCGGCUGUUGAUAAAUCUAUGCUAGAACGAGUGAUGAAACACGUUUUUCUUCCAGACACAGAAAUUGCACGGCAGUUGAAUGAAUAUAGGGUUGAAUACCAAGUUCUUCAAGAAGAAAUGUUAUCAGUAAAACCUCAAAUUGAAAAUAUGGAAAAGUUGGAAAUGUUAAAUAAGCAAUUGACUCAACAAAAUGCACAUUUGAGUUCACAAUUAGAGGCUGCUGUAAAUAAUCUUCAACGACUAGAAUCUACAAGGUCAAUGCAUCAAACAUCCGUACAUAAAUUAGAGUCUCAAAAUCGUAGCUUAGAAGUCUCAAUUGCAACUCUUGGUGCGUUUAUUCAACAGUUAGCAGAAACCAGGUCUGAUAUUGAAAUUCCUGGUGAUGUUAGAAGAAUCGUAGCUCAAUUGAGUGUUGCUGAAAAGAGGAGAAAUAGCAGUGCGCGAUCUUUUCCACUUAAAGUUAUUGAAGAUAAUAAUAAACGAUAUGAACCCACAAAAAGCAAUUCUACAGGAAGAGAUUCAAAGAAUUUAUUAAAAAGCAGUAUUGAACCUCCAUAUCCGUUAAAAUCGGCUCUAAGUCAACCUAAUCUUGGAACUAAGUUAGAGAAAAUGUCUUCAUUCUUUGCUAAUUCUCAUAAUCAUAUUCGACAGCAAAGAGCUCAGAUUGCUGCAUUAAGAAGCGAUAGUUUUGGAUCUCCGACUGCUUUAAAUAUUAAUCUUAAUAACAAUAAUGAUACUAAUAACAAUAAUAAUAUUAAUAAUGAUGAAAAUGAUCCAAAAACUGUUAAUAUAGAUAUUCAAAUAACUGAUGUUAACCCGACAACAGAUAAUGUAAUUCAAAGUGACAGUAAUUUAAAAAUUGACACAGGGAAUUUGGAAAAAUCAACUUCAUUGCCGUUGAAUGUAAAAAUGAAAUUAAAGCCCACGAAGUCGGCAUACGAGUUGGGGUCUGUUAGAAAAAUUCCAACAACUAAAUUAGAAGAUACUAGUGAUGGGAUAGCUAGUCUUUCUGGUACUAUUCAUCCAUUGGAUUCCUGUAGUGAUGUUAAUUUUAAGUAUGGUGGAACGACUAAGCUUAAGUCGAUUAAACCGAUUAGAUUGUCUGGACAGAGUGGACAGAGUGAGAAUUUGAAUAAAGAGAUUCAAAGUCAAAAUCCUGAGAUUGUCUCUAGAUAACAGAUGAUUUUGGUGACUAUUUGAGAGGAAUAGUUCAGUUAAAUGAAAAAAAAAAA